GCAACUACUAUUAAAGAGGUUAAUUUUUGACAAUUGUCAAAUCAAAUGUAAUUAAUUUUAUCAACAAUUGGUGUAUUCUAACUGCUUGUUCAAUUAAUGUGAAGAAUUUUCAAUAAUCAUGAGCGAAGAAACAAAAAAACUGUUGCAAGAUAUAUUAACCAAAAUACCUGGUCUUCACUGUAUCCUCAUAACUGAUCGAGAAGGAGUCCCAGUUGUCAAAGUUUGUACAGAAAAAGCUCCUGAGGGUGCCAUGCGAUUUGGAUUCAUAUCCACAUUUGGGUUAGCGGUAGAUCAAGGCAGCAAACUCGGCUUAGGAAGAACUUCCACUGUGAUUUGUUACUACUCACAAUACCAAGUAAUCCAAAUGAACAAACUGCCCCUUGUGCUAACCUUCAUAGCUGGAAAAACUUGCAAUACUGGUCAUAUAAUGGCACUGGAAAACCGCCUAGAAUCACUUAUUUCUGAAUUAAGCUUGGUGGUAGCAGAUACAUGAACUAGGUUAAAAAAAAUUUAUUGUAAAUAUACAUAUGGAUUACAAGUAACAAUAAAAAUUUUUAUAUACUCA